GAGAAGAAGUAGUAGCGUAUAAGCCACCUGGGUUCAACUUGAUGUAUCAUCUGCUGAACGAAUCACCGAUGCUGGAGCUGUCCCUCAGUUUGCUAGAAGAGGGGGUGAAGCAGCUUGAUACUUACGCUCCAUUUCCUGGGAAGAAGCAUCUGGAGAAAGCUGUGGAGUAUUGCCUUGGACUUCUCAACUUCGCUUUACAGCAGGAGAGUCUUUUCAUGGAUCUCUUGAGGGAGAGCCACCUUUCCCUUAUUGUCACCCCACUAGAGCAGCUGCUCCAAGGAAUCAAUCCUCGCACUAAAAAGGCAGAUCAUGUGGUGAAUAUUGCCAG